AUGUUGCUUGCACAACUGUUUAUUUUUUUGCAGGGUAUAUCUGGCACAUCCAGAACGCAUGUGCCGACUGAAUCUCGCCCUGGUCACGUCGCUAUUUUCGCCGGGUUUACCGAAGAUGUCAGUGCGGUGGCCCGAGGGUGGAAACAAAAUCCCGUUCCAUUUGAUAGCGUUUUCAACAGGUGUCGAUCAUUUUUGCAAAACUUUUCUGACAAGUUUUAUGUGUCAGCUUGUUUUGAUUUUUUCAAGCUUCAGAAAUUUAGAUCGAGGGAGGCAUGGAUGUGGGGUAGUCCAGACAUCGUGAAGCUUUUUGACAACUCUCCAAAUGCACAUUCCUUUAUGUACGAUGAGAAUGAUGAAGAUUUUGGCAGUAAUGAAGCAUACAAGUUGGAUGAGUGGGUCUUUGAUCACGUAGAGGCAAAGAACGAUACCGAGUUGUGGCAAAGUUUACGAGGUGACCGGAAUGUCUUUUUUCUUCACCUCCUUGGACUAGAUACAAAUGGUCAUGGUAACAAGCCUCACUCCAAGGAAUAUGUAGAGAAUAUCGCAGUCGUGGAUCGCGGAAUAGAACGCACACAGCGCGUUUUUGAUGACUACUUCAAUGACCACGCUACGGCGUGGAUCUUCACAGCUGACCAUGGAAUGACGGAUUGGGGAUCUCACGGAGCAGGCAGUGAUGAGGAGGUGCUCACGCCAUUUGUUGCAUGGGGAGCUGGAGUACAAAAAGGAGGUGCAAGGUCCAAUAUCGAACAGGUGGAUAUCACGCCGUUAUGCGCAUCUCUUUUGGGCAUCCCUGUUCCUGUAAAUUCACUAGGCGUACUGCCUCUUCAUGUGCUUGAUGUUUCACCGAAAUAUCUCUUUAGAAGCGCAUUCUCAAACUUUUUGGAGGUGAGUCUAAAAUUU